AUGGUCAACUCCUGUUGUGGCUCCGUCUGCUCUGACCAGGGCUGUGGCCAGGAGACCUGCUGCAGCCCUAGCUGCUGCCAGACCACCUGCUGCAGGACCACCUGCUGCCGCCCCAGCUGUUGUGUGUCCAGCUGCUGCCGCCCCUCCUGCUGUGGCCCCAGCUGCUGUGACUCCAGCUGCUGCAGGCCCAGCUGCUGCAUCUCUAGCUGCUGCCGCCCCACCUGCUGCCAGACCACCUGCUGCCGCCCCUCCUGCUGUGGCUCCAGCUGCUGUGGCUCCAGCUGCUGCCGCCCCCCCUGCUGCAUUCCUAGCUGCUGCUGCCCCUCCUGCUGUGGCUCCAGCUGCUGCCGCCCCUCCUGCUGCUGCCCCUCCUGCUGCCUGCGCCCAGUCUGUGGCCGGGUCUCCUGCCACACCACUUGUUAUCGCCCCACCUGUGUCAUCUCCACCUGCCCCCGAAUAAUAACAAAAGUGUUCCUCACAGUAACAUCAGCUACUCAGCAGAGUAUAAAAGGGGACAGAGGUAAGGAGACAUUCAAAUUCAAGAAACCACCCUCGUGGAAACCCAUUUGUACCCACUUGUGGAACCUCAUUCCUUCCACUGACACCAUGGUCGACUCCUGUUGUGGCUCCAUCUGCUCUGACCAGGGCUGUGGCCAGGAGACCUGCUGCCGCCCCAGCUGCUGCCAGACCACCUGCUGCCGCCCCAGCUGCUGUGUGUCCAGCUGCUGCCGCCCCUCCUGCUGUGGUUCCAGCUGCUGUGGCCCCAGCUGCUGCAGGCCCAGCUGCUGCAUCUCUAGCUGCUGCCACCCCACCUGCUGCCGGACCACCUGCUGCCGCCCCAGCUGCUGUGGGUCCAGCUGCUGCUGCCCCUCCUGCUGUGGCUCCAGCUGCUGCCGCCCCUCCUGCUGCUGCCCCUCCUGCUGCCUGCGCCCAGUCUGUGGCCGGGUCUCCCACCACACCACUUGCUAUCGCCCCAACUGUGUCAUCUCCACCUGCCCCCGUCCCAUGUGCUGUGCCUCCUCUUGCUGCUGA